UACAGAUUUAGGACGAGCGGUCGCAUCAUAGCAAUAAACUGCGCGUAUGCCGGAAGAUGCCGUCGCUGCGAUACCGAGCCUUGCAUGAUCAGGAGAGAAGAUGAUGUGUGCAUGAUCCACCACUGUUGUCGUCCCGGCAGCAAGCGCUUCAAGCAUUCCCGAAAGCUGUCCCCAGAAGCAGUCCUUUGCCGAGUAGAAGACACCGCCAUACCCGCCUAUGUUGUUUAGUGCAAAGCGCUACCAGAGCAGAUUGCGAGAACUCACCUGUUAUCAUGUAGUCCAGGAAGAGCUCAUUCGCAUGUCGUCCCUUCAGCUGCGUUUGCCAUCCAUGGUGAUGGGUGUCAAUGAACCCGGGGCUGAUGAUCUUAUCCGUACAAUCGAUAACCUCGGUUCCGAUGGACGUUGCAAUGGUUUCCGCAAUCCUCACAAUCUUUCCGUCCUCUAUGAGGACGUCUGUUUUGGUUGGCACGACCUGGUCAUUUGCGUUGUGGAUAAGAGCAGUUCCGUUCUUGAGAAUGAUGCUUUGUUGAGCCAUCAUUGCCAACCACAAUGCUCAACGUCUUGCAAGACAUGGGUUAUCUCUUUAUACAGUACGGCAUCCAGCUUGCUUCGUACAAUGCACAUAAUUUCCCGCCACGUCAUUGAAUCUAGAUUCUGCUAAACUCGUACAAUCCCAUAAGCCUCGUGAAACUCCGUCUAACUCCAUCACCUCGCGGAUUUAUCGAAGCGAACCUGCGAAAGAAAGUCAUGACUCGUCAAAAAAGUUACAAGGGGCUACUCAUAAUGUGUACACUAUUUGCUUACUGUGUACGUUCGGCCCU